AUGGGUUCCACGGUUGAGCUCGCAUCCUCGUUCAUCGAGGGUGCCCCGCCAGGCGAGGCACUUACCUCGGACGAAUCGGAUGUUAUUCCCUCUCUUGCGCCUGCGUUCGAACGGUACAAUGAGAAGCAAUUGGCUACCGUGAAGCUGCCCGGAGCUAGUCAGGAGGUCAUCGUCAGUGAAUUCAACAAGCUAGAAGGAAGCCGAUACUUUGAUGUUGAGACUCAGACAUCGUUCGACGUGGAUCAUGUAACACAGCAAGCGUCUGGUGCGCAAUCCUAUGUGCUGGAAUCGCAAAAUGCGGAUUUGAUCAAAUCUCUCCUCAAAUCGCUCGCUAAACAUGCUGCGGAACACUACCCGAACUGCUCCUACGGCGUCUACCCUACUGAGGACGAUACGGCUGUCGCGAUUCUACUUGUUGCAAAUCGCUACUCGCCGAACAACUUCUGGAACGGUCGCUUCCGCUCCAUCUAUCAAGUCCCCGUGUCCGAGUCGACCACCGUGAGCGGCAAGAUCCUUGUGGAUGUGCAUUACUAUGAGGAUGGCAAUGUGGCUCUCAACACGAACAAGCCCAUCAAUAUCUCCAUUCCCUCGAUCUCUGCUGAGAGCAUUAUCUCCCGUAUUGCGGCCGCGGAGCGAGACUACCAGGAGGAGCUCAACCGUGCGUUCGUGCAGAUGGCGGAGGGCGCGUUCAAGAACCUGCGGAGACAAUUGCCCAUUACCCGGCAGAAAGUGGAGUGGGAGAAGGUUGGAGGGUAUCGGCUGGGACAGGAUAUUUCUGGUGGAAAGGGGCGGUAG